AAAAAGAAGGCGGACCGUCCAAAAAAGCAGUAAUUUCCUGGACCCCAUUCCCUUCAUUUAUCCCUCUUUCACAUUUUACUUUCCUUGCUGAUUAAAAACUCUGUUAAGGGCAAAAACUGGAGGAACUUCCCAAUCUAAAUUCAUCCUCCUUUUUUGCUCUUCCCAGAUUAUUCAUCCAUAUUUAAUCCCUAAUUGCCCUUUCCCGUCACGCCGAUUAACAUCCAAAUUCCAUCAAUACUCUAAUCUAAAACUCCGUUUUGUGUGUUGGUAAGGGGAAAAAACCAUGGCCGAAGAGCACGGAUUCGAAUCGCCCGAAGGCCACCGCUUGUGCGCCAAUAACUGCGGAUUCUUCGGCAGUCCAGCCACGCACAAUUUCUGCUCCAAGUGCUAUCACGAUCUCUGCCUCGAAAAUUCCGUCGAUUCCACCUCCGUCUUCCCCGCCCCGUUGACCGGCGGCGGAUCCUCCUCUCCGGCGCAUCACGCGGCGGCGCCUGUCGUGAUCUCCCUCCGGAUCCACGCUGCGCCGGUGGCGACGGCGACGGCGAACAGGUGCUCGGCCUGCAGGAAGAAGGUCGGGUUGACCGGAUUCCGAUGCCGGUGCGGAGUGACGUUCUGCGGGACCCACAGGUACCCCGAGAAGCACGCGUGCACCUUCGAUUUCAAGUCCGUAGGGCGGGAGGCCAUCGCGAAGGCCAAUCCGCUGGUCAAAGCAGAGAAAUUGGAGAGGAUAUGAUGAAGCUUAGAUUUAAAUUUUCAUUCAUUUCGCUGUGGAUGAAUGAAUGGAUGGUGAAUUCAAUUAAGCAGAUCGAUCGAUACUUCCGUUUUAGAUUUGGCCGCCGUUGUAGUGAAUUCGAUGUGUAUAAUUUUGGCAUUUUCUUAAAUUUACUAUAAUUUCCUUUUUCA